AUGAGCUGGAACGAGGAAUUUCGAUUUCUGAUCUUCACCGAUCAGCCUAUGUCAUACUGGAAAGACGGAGAGAAGAUUCCAAACGUGCAGUUCCGAUACCUGAAUGCUUCAAUGUUUUCACGACUUGCGAGCAGGAAGACUGCUGUCGAAACGAGGCUGCAGCACGGUUACAAACUCUGUGACUGGCGCAUGGCAUACGGAGAGAUCUUCGCAACAUGGCUCCGGCAAUUUGACUUCUGGGGCUGGGUGGACUUCGACGUGGUGCUCGGCCGCCUGGCCUUUUUUGGCUUCAACUCCUCGGCCCUGGAACGGCGAGACGUUGUUGGGGAGUUUGGAUGGCCUGCGCAGGGCCCACUGACGCUACUUCGCAAUCGUCCUGAUGUGAAUCGGCUUUGGAGGAAGCUGCCAGACGUCGCAGCAAGGCUAAAGCGGCAUGACAUCCAACGUCUCAACGAGUGGGCUUUUGGACGCCUGCUGUGGAAAUCGUCGCUGGAGCGCCUCCCGCGACCUUUCCCAACACAGCUCUCGGCAUCACCUCGCCACGGCGACGGUGACAUCAUUUGGUCUGAAGGCCGACUUUGGCAUUUACCUUCAUGCGGCGAGGCAGGCUACCUUCACUUCUCCCGCUGGAAGGAUUCUUUCGAAGGCAUGAUGCCAUCGCCAACUGGGCAGGCAGUGCAGCUUGGCCCGCGUGGUGCCACAGAGCCCUCGCAGACUGCUUGGGCACAGCUGGAGCGCUGUCGGCGAACAGAG